UAUCUUCUGCUGAAAGCUCAAAACUUCAGUUUCUUACAACACGGAAAGAUAGAGAAUAACCUGGAUGGGGCAACUUUCUGCCUUCACAGGUAGUUAAUAUGGCAGGCAGCAGCAAUUCACACAGCAUUGAUAUGCAGGUUGAUAUCGGAAAUCUCGGCCUUGCAAGUCUUUCUGCUGCCACGAAUAUGCUCGCAAUCCUGUCCGCCGAUGAUGUUUCGCCGAUUGCCAUGAUACAGGUGGAAGCACUGGGCUCCUUCUUUCUGGUUAGCGGUCCAUAUGCGGCAAAGACUUCAGAUUAUCUUCAGCGCUGCUCUUCAACUCGCCUUGAAAGAUUAUCUAUAGCCAUUGGCUGGCGCAAAAACGAUGCGGCCUCCCUCAUGGCAAAAAGUGCUGGCGGCCAAACAGCAGCACUUUUAUGCACAAUUCUUUUCACAUUCUACGACGAAUCUACAGCAGGCAUAAUAUUAUAUGACUUGAGUAGCGCCCUUUUGCCAGCAGAGAAAGUUCUAGCAAGUGCAGCACAGCUAGCUGUUGCCGGCAAGCUUUUACACAACAAGAUGAGUUGCUUAGGAUUCGGAAAUCUAAUUGGAGAGCAGAUAAAAAAAGUAUCUAAGAUAUAUGAACUGCUCUCAAGCCCUUUUCCAAAAAAUCUAGUCGGCAUUCUCACAUCAAAUGCGAUGGUUGAGGUCCUACAAUCCAUUUCCAUGGCACUUCGCUACGAGGGGAAGGUGGUUCGUAUCACGGGCACUCAUGGCAUGGCCAAUAUCAUGUCUAUAAUCAUGAUGUUGUUUCCAGACGACAGUCUAAUUACGGUUGAAAAAAUGGUCAUCUUUGAAGGACGUCGUAAUUCGAUCGUCCUCGAGAUCCUUGGCGGCAGGCAUUCUUUGUCUCCCAGCAAAACUUCAGUGGAGACUAUUUUGAGGACCCAAGAUAAUUCUAAUAAUUUGAAGCUGCCUUUCGUAUAUCAUUCUCAAAUCAGACCGAAAGCAGCGGGAAAUUAUGCAUUUCAGUGGGACGGGUGGCUAAAAGGGGCUCUUCAGCUUGAAUUUGCAAGGAUUGGAGUUCCAUGUUCGACAACGCUUUUGGAGGCGGUUGGGCACGUGCUCCUUGUUCUCACAAGAUUGGCAAAUCCAAAGGCAAGCAGCAAUGGACUACGCAAUUCCAAUCAAUACCCAUUUCUCUCUUUUCCGCUUCAGGAACUUUUUGGGCACUAUUCGACGAACGCGAUUAUAAAACGAUGCAACGCUGUUCUCGGCAUCUCGUUGUCAACUGCUCAUUAUAACAAUCCCCACGAUGCAUUGUCAGCUCUCAUCGGCAUUGCAAGUCGGGAGACAACUUCUCACCAUUUGCAGUGCAAAUGUAAACAGUUGUGUGAGCCCAAGAUAGUUUGGGACCAAUCCCGCGACGAUAAACGCUGGUAUCCCUGUCCAAUGCAUCAUUUUUGGUCCGCCGUCAGGUGUUGUAUUAAUGCCGGAUUCUUGAGCUUAUUUGUUGAAACCGAAGAACAUGCAACUGUCGAUACAGAUUCAUUUUGGCGAUCGAGUUCCAUUGUAGGCGAUCCAUAUAAAACUAAUCAAUCUAGCCGUGUAAUGGCAACAAAUUUUCUCAUCGACUUUGCCAGUACUCGCCUGUCAGGUAGCGAUCUUUACGGCGCACUCUUUUAUACGUUUUCAGGGCACAAUCAAGAUUCCCUAGCCUGCGGAAAGAAUGGCAGUCUCUUCUUUCACUCAGCUCUUCAGUCAUUAGAACUUUGUGCGUCGACCAUGUACCGUCUUUGGAUUCUUGCUGAUGGCCAAAUUAUUUACAAUGACCACUAUUAUGCCAUUCUCUGUAGCAAAGAUCACGAUACUACUCUUUUUAACACAUCAGCAUCAAUCGGCGGUGGCCAAUGGAUUAUCCCGUCAAAUUUUGGUACGCCUGAGAAAGUUCUUAUCACGGUUCGAGAUCGCGCCAAUUACCUUUCCCUCCAUAUUGAUGCUCGUGUUUCUGGCCAGGUAUUUAGGCUUGAUCUCCAUAAAUGCAUCAAUGGAUAUCUAUCAGCACGCAGGACUCUGCCAUGUGGGCAUAGUUCUUCUACGCCGCUGGAUGUCUCCCAACUAUCUGGUUAUAUUGCAUCCAGUACAAUUAUUCCUCCAAAGAGCAGAAAAAAAUAUAAACCCAAGCAACUGACAAUUGUGCAGACUAAGGGAGACUCUAGAGCACAACUUUUUGCCUGCGACUACGAAUAUAAAACUAUGAUACUCUAUCAAUGCUGCCUUUCUUGUGCUAUAAAGCAGCUUGGAUACCCGGGGGAAGAUAUAUCCGGGCCAUAUAUGAUCAUUGUAUCUUGAGGAGAUUAAAAAGCGGGGUCAGUAAUUCGUUUACUCACAGCCAGACAUUUUGUCAUGCACUUUGAGAAGUCAAAGACAACAUGACGAGAAGGCUGCCUUGCAAAUUUUGACUACUCCUGACUAUUGCUCACCGGGGAGAGGGGCGGCGAUUAUGGGCGAUCUUUUCGUUGGAUAAAUUGAUGAUCAUUGGAGACCUAGAAGAAAGUGCUGCUCGAACGCUUGAUUGGAGCGGUCGUCCACGUACAGUCUCAUUGCAAUGACCUGCGUGGUUGACGAGAAAUCCCCAAAAACAUACAACGAUUUAAAAUGAUUUCGAGUUUUCCGGCCUUUUGUUUCGUAUAUUUGGUGUUUUAUUGCAGAGUUCUUACGCGCUGGAUCAUCCAUAU